UGACAAAAUUUGAAAGUAAUAGGUGUCGUAGAUUAUCAAUCUUCUUUCUUCUUAAGGUAAAACUUGUUUCUGGAAUUUAAUCCUAUUUGCAAUAUAAAAUACUUGUACUUCCUGUGGGUUUUGUCAAGGUUUGAUGUCCAAGUUAAACAUCAAAACAACAAACAAGUUAAAGUUGGCACAAUUUUCAUACCAAAGCAGUCAAACAACACAUACAAGCAAUGAAGAACACAGACUAUAUGAUUUACAGUAUUUAUUUAAUUUUGGGGGUCAAGAAGCAAUACUUUCUGAACACAGAUAUAUACGGAGAAUAUAUAUAAAGCGAUUGCACAAGCUGCUAGACAUUGUCCAUUCUUUAUUUAUUUUUUGUUGUAAAGAAACAUUUUUUAGACGAGGAUAUGCUUCAAAGCUGUUGGUCAAAUUCAAGGCGUUUAAUUUCCCUGUCUCCAUUUUCAAUUUCAUCUAAACUUUCAUUUCCAUCAAAUUUAAUCCAUUUUCACUCUUCAGCCAAUCAUUCACACAACACCAAAAAUGAUCUUCUUGAUUUCUUUGACCACUUACUUCAACAAUGCAACCUUAAUCUUCAACAACUUAAGCAAGUCCAUGCAAAUAUCAUAACAACAAAUUCAUCAAACUCUUCUUUUAUAGCUGCAAGACUCAUAUCCAUUUACUCUAAAUUUGGGUUUGUCAAUGAAGCCCAAAAAGUAUUUAAAGCCUGCCCAAAUGAGUGUUUUUCGAAUUUGCUGUUAUGGAAUUCAAUCUUGAGGGCUAAUGUAUCACAUGGGAACUGUAAAGAAACUAUAAAUCUUUAUAUAAAGACGCGUGAAUUUGGUAAUUUUGGUGAUGGGUUUGGUUUUCCGUUAAUUAUAAGGGCAUGUGGUAUGUUUGGUGACUGUAAUGUUUGUAGUAUAGUGCAUUGUGAUGUUAUACAAAUGGGUUUUGGAAAUCAUCUUCAUGUUGGAAAUGAAUUGAUGAAUAUGUAUGGGAAGAUUGGGCGAAUGGAUAUUGCACGUAAAGUGUUUGAUAGAAUGUCUGUGAGAACUCAAAUAUCGUGGAACAUUAUAGUUUCAGGUUUUUCGCAGAACUUUGAGUGUGAUGCUGCUUACGAGACGUUUUUGCUGAUGGAAACUGAGGGGUUUGAACCGAAUUCUGUAACUUGGACGUCGUUGUUAUCUAGUUUUGCUAGGUGUAGACGUUACGAGGAUUCAUGGAAAGUUUAUGUUUUGAUGAGAAAGAAACGAGUUGAAGCUACUGCUGAGGCAAUUGCUGUAGUUAUAUCGGUUUGUGUUGGUGACGAUGCGAUUGAUAAGUGUGAGGCAUCGCACGGAUAUGUUAUCAAGGGGGGAUUUGAAAAUAAUUCUAUUGUGAUAAACUCAUUAAUGUGUAUGUAUGGGAAAAAUGGUGCUGUUAAACAGGCUGAGUGUCUGUUUUCCGGGUUGCAAUUGAAGACUAUAGUGAGCUGGAACUCUUUAAUAUCUUGUUAUGCAGAAUCAGGUUUAUGUAACGAGGCCUAUUCUUUAUUUUUGCAGUUACAAGAGCUGGAUGAUCCAACGAUGAAACCUAACGUCAUAAGUUGGAGCGCUGUUACAGGGGCAUUUGCAAUGGCCGAGAGGCAUGAGGAAUCUUUAGAAAUCUUUCGAAGUAUGCAAGUUGCUAGAGUACUGGCUAAUGAUGUUACAAUUUCAAGUGUUUUAUCAGUUUGUGCUGAGCUUUCAAACUUUCAUCUUGGUAUGGAAAUCCAUGGUUAUUCAAUAAGGUUUCUAAUGGAUAGAAAUACUUUGGUAGGAAAUGGGUUGGUUAAUAUGUAUAUGAAGUGUGGUAGUCUGCAGAAAGGGAACAAAGUAUUUCAAAGAAUAGGUAAAAAGGAUUUAAUUUCAUGGAACACAAUGAUUUCUGGCUUUGGAAUGCAUGGACUUGGUGUUAAUGCCCUGGAAAUAUUUGACCAGAUGGUUAGUACUGGAACUAAGCCAGAUGAAGUUACUUUUGUUGCAAUUCUUUCUGCAUGUAGUCAUGCAGGCCUUGUUGAUGAGGGGUAUAAAGUUUUCGAUCAGAUGAAGAAAGUGUUUGGAAUUCAACCACAAAUGGAGCAUUACGCUUGUAUGGUAGAUCUUCUUGGUCGUGCUGGGCUAUUGCAGCAGGCUAGUGAAAUGGUGCAAAACAUGCCAAUGAAGCCCAAUGCCUGUGUCUGGGGAGCGCUACUUAACUCUUGUAGAAUGCAUAAAAACAUGGAAGUCGCAGAAGGAACCGCUGCUCAGAUUUUCAACCUUGAGUCUGAGAUGACGGGGAGCUACAUGUUGCUCUGUAAUUUAUAUGCUGUAAAUGGAAGGUGGAAGGAUUCAGCGAAUGUGAGGAUAUCAGCAAAGACACAGGGCUUGAAAAAAGCUCCAGGGCAAAGUUGGAUUGAGGUGAAAAAGAAAGUUUACAUGUUCUUAGCAGGACAACCUAUGGAAUCAGAGAUGGAAGAUGUUCAUAUAAUGCUUAAUAUUCUUAGCCUUCAUAUGGCUAAGGAAGAACGCAUGCCCCAAAAGAGCUUUGCUUUGAAAUGUGCAGAAGAACAAGAAGACUAUCUGUAUUUGACAUCAUGAAAAAUUAUCUGUCUAUGCUCGAUGCUGGAAAACUACGAUCUGAUCUCUAACCAUUUGCAAAACUUAUUUUAACAGCUGACCUCCCUUCCAAUCUUUCUACGAGUAUUUUAUAUAUUUCACGGGUCAGCCAUAUACGAGUUUGCUGUGCAGUCACUUCAUUGCUCAGGCUUGAGUUGCCAUGUCGCAAAUAAUUGAUGAGCUUGCAGAAACGGAACUUAUAAAAGGAGCAAUGACAAAAGUUGGUUAGGGAGUCAUAAUUGGUCGCUGUAAGUAUGCCGAUUAUGUAACAUCUUAUACAAUUGGUAAUCGGAUGCCGUUGAAAUUGAAGUCUCAUUUAUUUUAAGGUUCACGUGAAGGAAAUGGUGUUUUUAAUGAGCUGGAAAUGGUGAAAAUGAUGAAGCUUGGCUUUCUAUAAACCUCUGCGUUUCACAAACAAGGAAGAAUGUGAAAUAUGUAUCAAGACCAGUUACGUCAAAAUAGAAAAUAUACACUAUCACUAGCAUUUGACUCAUGAAACCUCAAGCCAAUCUGCAAAUAAUUUCUUGGUUUGCGAAUUUAUUAUCACAUGCCUAAACACAUGCAGCCUUUCAUUUGCAGUUGAGUGAUUCGUAUCAAUGAAUCAGAAUAGUGAAUGUACAUCACCACUCUCAUUUGACUCAUGAAAUCAGAAGUAAAUAAGCAAACCUAAUUUCUUGUGCUGCCUAUUUAUUACUCACAUGUCUAAAAUUAUGAGCCUUUGUUUUUCCAGUAAAACCAUUUGGAUUCAAACGGCAUGAACUUUAGGAAGAGUGAAGACCCCUGCAGACCAGUGGAAGCUAGUUUUGCAUACCGAUUGAUCGGUUGACACUUAAAAGAAAGGAAGAACAAAAAUAUACACCGCUCGUUGGGAGUUUGGGCAAAAUUGUGAAGUCAGUUGACUCUAAGAAAUUUCCUCUUGCGGAUCUCUCUACUACAAAAAAUUCGGCGAACUACAGUUUGUGAAGGUAAACAGAGUAGCAGCACCUUUAGAUCUUGAUCUUCGAGGAUGUUGAAAGGAUUCACCCUCUUCCUUCAAUGGGACUCUGUUCCCUUGUUGAAUAGCUUCAUCAUUAUACAAUGAAUAAAUGUCAAAACUAUAUCUCAAAUAUAGAACGAAAUAAAGAGAAAAGGAGAAUUGUCCUUACUAUGCCAUAGUUAACACUAUUUUCUCUUUUAGUUUCAUUGUCUUUUCUCUUUAAUGACUACAUUAGAGUUAUUUGGGGAACAAAUAUUGAGUUUUGAACCGAGAUCAGCUUUUCUAGGUUCUAUAAUUGUGAAUAGCAUUGUAUAUUGUAGAGUAUAUUACAAUGUGCAGAAAGUAUUCUGAAAAUUCCAUGAAGAUCCAUCCAAAAAACCAUAGUCUAUUCUUUUCCCCUAAAACUGAGCAAGCUCUGAUAACAGAUCAAAGAUUUAUAUGUUGACCAAAUUCAUCAUUAGAUCUUUGAGCUCUCUAAAACUCAAAACCUCACACGAUUAAAUAAUCAAAGAAUAGGAACAAAGUGCAAUUACUAACCUGUGUUGAUCAAAGGUUUGGUCAUGUUCGAAACUCAGGCCUUCUUCUCCGAAACCUGAAAUCCCCUCAAUAAUAGGCUUGAUAUUGUCGCAUGGGUCAUUAACAGAAAGUUGCUUCAUCAUGGAAUUAGGCGCUGAUGUAGACGUGGAUUCUUGUUCAUGCAAGCUCCAAGGGAAGUUAAUAUCUGCUAAAUCUAAUUGGCCAUCUUGAAUUUCAUCAUAUUGCUGAUCAUCAUCAGCUUGCUGACAACGAGGAUGAUUAUAAUAACUAUCAUGAGGAUGGUACUGAUCUAUAGCCUGUUGUUCAUAAGAAGAUGCAUUAUUAUUAUUCACCAAAGUGUCUGCCUGAUUCACAACACCGUCACAAUUAUUAUUAUCAUUGAAUGAUUCCUGAUCAGUUGCAUGAUGAUCUCCUAAUAUCUGUUGUUCAGAUGCAGCAGCAGCAACUGCCUGUGCUCUGCAGUAGGCGAGCUGAUGAAGAACGAUAUCCAGCUCUGCUUUGCAAUAAUCAAUGUGGCGUUGCAGGUCUCUGAUGAUACGGUAACAACCACCAACAGGGUCGUUGGCGCGAACAUCAGAUUGGAAGAUGAUGGUUCGCAUGGCCUCGUCUUUGAGGGGUUGAUCAAGGUGGCGAAUGAUCUUGGUGAUGUUGCUGACCCCAAACAAUUUAUGGGCGUUGAGGAACUGGCGUUGGCGAUCGUGUGGGAAAUAAGGGGCAAGAACGCAGUCGGGGGCACACUUUCGACGUUGGUAUUUGCACGCAGCACAAGCUUGGCCAGCACCGCUGACACGUAAAAGAACGUUCUUAUUAUUGUCGUUGUUGUUGUUACUAUGUACGCGUUUAGUGUACUUAUGAUUGAGGUUGUGAUCAGUGAUGAAUGUAUGAGGAGGUUGGUGGUGGUGAAUAGGAAUAUUAUUGGGGGUGCUAAAGGAGGUCAUUUGAUUCUGCAUAUUGUAAUUAUUAUAAGUUUUUAGUUUGUUUUGCAGGGAGAUUUGUGCUGCGUUUCCGGCGGGGAUGGAAAAAGAGGAUUAGAUUAGAGAGUUUUCUUUUGAGUUCCUCCCUUCUUUUCUCCUUGCCAAUGUAACCAACUUACACCAAAUGAGAGGCUCACGAUUCUUCUUUAAAUCUGACAUAAUAAUAAUGUGUAUUGUUGUCG